CACGUCUAACGUGGGCUUAGUCGAAUAGUCAAACAUACGAACGCGGUUACUGGCUUGACUUCACGGUAAGGCAAUGACAACUACAUAUUUACAGUACAUUACUAUAAAAUAAAUCACACAUCUUCUUCAUACAUCUCAUCUCACCAAACAAAACAAAACCAAAAAAAGCAGAUCCAGAACACAAUCAUCAACAACAAAAUGGGUGGUAGAAGAAGCAUCACAUGUUUAGCAUCAUUGAUGGUAGCUAUGGUGUUGAUGAUGAACGGCACAGAGGCACAAGACACCCCUUCUUGCGCUUCGCAGUUAAUUCCGUGCGCUCAGUUCUUGAAUGCUACGAAACCACCAAGCUCUUGCUGUGAUCCGCUCAGAAAAACAGUGGAAACUCAACUCACUUGUCUCUGUAAUCUCUUCUAUACUCCUGGUUUGCUUCAAAGCUUUAACGUGAAUAUUACUCAGGCUCUUGGCUUAGCUGGUAAGUGUGGGAUUCCCGGCGGUCUCUCCAGCUGCAAACAGGCUGGGUCAGCUCCAGCUCCGACUGCCGGCGGGUCCCCACCGGCUAAAGGUGGUGGUGAAUCUGGUGAUAAAGGAGGUGCAGGCAGAGUCUCCUUCACAGGGUUUUCUUUUGUACUCUUAUUAGCAUCCAUGAUGUUCAAUUAGGAAAAUCUUACUGUAUUUAAUUUAUCUAUGUAAUUGGCUUGGCUACUGAGUUAGUAUUUGAUUGCGUGUACUUUCUUUUUCCAUUAAUUUGGUGUUAUUACUAUUAA